UAAACUUGGAUUUUCUCCUAAAAUUAUUGAAUCUAGGCAUCCCAAAUAAUGAAUUCAUAGUCAAUGACUCAAUGCAACAUUAUUACCAGCCCAAUGAAACAAAGGGCCCAAAAUUUAUGGACUUACCAAAUAAUGAAUUCAUAAUCCAUUAAACAGAAAAAUAGUUCGUAAAAAUUAAAAAAUUCUUCACACAACAACAAGUUUCUCUCACGGCGGAGAAAAACUAAUCAAAAUUUUCCGAUGUCAAUACCACCACGAAAUCCGCCGAUAACAUCCGACUACACAACCGCCAUUGACGGCGGCGCCACCGGUCUCGAAGCUUCCUUGCUGAACUUACUUCAUCAACACCAAACCUCCGCCUCUUCCCUCCGCCAUCAAACUGAGAAAGCGAAGAAGGAAGCGACGAAAGCAGGUGUUCGAGUAUCAGAGCUUUUGGUUGAUGCUGUUAAUGGCGGAGUUCAAGAAUCGUUCCUCCAUCAAAAGCAAAUCGAGCUCGAAAUUCGAGCUUUAACUACAACGGUUAAUCGUUUUCAGAAGCAGACUCAUCAAUGGCUUGCUGCUUCUCGAUCUCUUAAUACUGCAAUUAAGGAAAUUGGUGACUUUGAGAAUUGGAUUAAGGUGAUGGAAUAUGAUUGUAAAAGUAUUGCCACUGCUAUUCGCAACAUUCAUCAAGCUUGAAGGCUUUGACUAUGAUUUAUUCUUUUUGUAAUUAUUAAUUUGUCAAGCGGUUGAAUUUUUAAGUUACGAGUAGGUCUUGUAUACGACAGGUGUAUUGUAUACAACCGAUUGUUCAUUGAAUGUGUAUUGCAUUGAAUAAUAUUAACUAUAAAUGCGACUUAAGAUU